AUGAAGAGUUCGAAAUCCAAAACAUUCGACUCGCUAACGGCAGAAAAAUUGCAACGAAUCAUCAAAAACGUACGCAACGCAUCGAGAAUUACCAACACACCGGGAGACAGUGAUGUUGAAGGAUGUCACAUAAAGUUUUCCAACGAUGAUAGCAGCACCCUAAACGCAUCACGGUUAAAAAUUUCCCACCGGAAGCUGACAGUGGUCGAGAUUGAUAAAUUAAUGAAAAAUCUUGCAACCGUACAGCGCCCUUCGGACGUACCCGGUCUUCUGGCGACUUCAUCCGCCUCGGAUGGUGAUAAGCAACAAGUGGAACAGGAAGCAGUAGAGCUAUCCGUUUCGGAGGACCAAUAUGCUGGAUCGGAAAUUUCUUUUACCAGCUACCACCCAUCGAAAGGAUCACAUUCAGGGCUCGAAUGCUCCGCUGACGUAGAGGACAAUUUAGCAUUUUCCCGUGAAUCGCUCCUGUCCUUCAAGGACAACGUCGACGAUCAAUCCGACCGCUCGAACGUUCAAUUGAAUUCAUCCCCAGUGCCAGCCGAAAGCACCGCGACUCCGAUGACAUUAUUCGCUUUUCGACCGAUUCAACAAACUGCGUCGGAAGAGUACGAAAGUUAUGGCGAAACUUCGAGAUCCGCCGUCGAUAGGCCAAUUAUGCAAGUUAAAGUGCGUCCCCUGCCUGCAUCGCAUUCCAUACGGACGAAGUGCCUUCGCGUGCAACCAUCUGACGACGAGCUGCCGCUGAUUGAUUUUCGACAAAUUGAGCGUAACACAAAGGCGACAUGGAAGCAUCGGUAA